GAGACCCAGCCCAGAGCUCUGAGUGGUUUCCUGUUGCCUGUCUCUAAACCCCUCCGCACUCCCGCAGACCUUCAGACUGACCAGGAGAGCGCACUCUGCCUGCCGCCUGCCUGCCUGCCACUGAGAGCAUUCCCAGCACCAUGAGGGCCUGGAUCUUCUUUCUCCUUUGCCUGGCCGGGAGGGCCUUGGCAGCGCCUCAGCAAGAAGCCCUGCCUGAUGAGACAGAGGUGGUAGAAGAAACUAUGGCCGAGGUGACUAAGUUCCAGGUAUCUGUGGGAGCCAACCCUGUCCAGGUGGAAGUAGGAGAAUUUGACGAAGGGGCGGAGGAAACCGAAGAGGAGGUGGUGGCUGAAAACCCCUGCCAGAACCACCACUGCAAACAUGGCAAGGUGUGCGAGCUGGAUGAGAACAACACACCCAUGUGCGUGUGCCAGGACCCCACCAGCUGCCCAGCCCCCAUUGGCGAGUUUGAGAAGGUGUGCAGCAAUGACAACAAGACCUUCGACUCUUCCUGCCACUUCUUUGCCACAAAGUGCACCCUGGAGGGCACCAAGAAGGGUCACAAGCUCCACCUGGACUACAUCGGGCCUUGCAAAUACAUCCCCCCUUGCCUGGACUCUGAACUGACCGAAUUCCCCCUGCGCAUGCGGGACUGGCUCAAGAACGUCCUGGUCACCCUGUAUGAGAGGGAUGAGGACAACAACCUUCUGACUGAGAAGCAGAAGCUGCGGGUGAAGAAGAUCCAUGAGAAUGAGAAGCGCCUGGAGGCAGGAGACCACCCUGUGGAGCUGCUGGCCCGGGACUUCGAAAAGAACUACAACAUGUACAUCUUUCCUGUGCACUGGCAGUUCGGCCAGCUGGACCAGCACCCCAUUGACGGGUACCUCUCCCACACCGAGCUGGCCCCACUGCGCGCUCCCCUCAUCCCCAUGGAGCAUUGCACCACCCGCUUUUUCGAGACCUGUGACCUGGACAAUGACAAGUACAUCGCUCUGGAUGAAUGGGCCGGCUGCUUCGGGAUCAAGCAGAAGGAUAUCGACAAGGAUCUUGUGAUCUAAAUCCACUCCUUCCGCAGUACCGGAUUCUCUCUCUUUAACCCUCCCCUUUCUGUUUCCCCCAAUGUUUAAAAUGUUUGGAUGGUUUGUUGUUCUGCCUGGGGACAAGGUGCUAACAUAGAUUUCAGUGAAUACAUUAACGGUGCUAAAAAUGAAAACUCUAACCCGAGACAUGACAUUCUUAGUUGUGACUUAACUAUUAAGGCCUUUUGCACACUCAUUAACAGUCCCAUUUUUCUCUUGCCACUUGUAGCUUCGCCCAUUGUCUUAUUGGCAUAUGGGCGGACACGGAUCUGCUGGGCUCUGCCUUAAACACACAUUGCAGCUUCAAUUUUUCUCUUUAGUAUUCUGUUUGAAACUAAUACUCACCAUGUCAGAUUCAGUGUUCAUUUCAUUUCAGGGUAUUGGCUGCCUGUGGGCUUCCUCAGGUGGCCUGGAGGUGGGCAAAGGGAAGUAACAGACACAUGAUGUUGCCAAAGAUGUUUCUGGGACUAGAGAGAGGCUCGGGGGAGGGAGAGAUCCCUGCAGAACCCACCAACCGGAACAUGGUUUGCCAGAGGCUGUGACUGAGAGAAAGAUUCUGGGGCUGUGUUAUGAAAAUACAGAGAUUCUCACAUAAGCCUAGUUCUCACCAUUUCCUCCUUUACCUUUCAGUGCAGCUUCUUUUCACGUUAGGCUGCUUGUUCAAACUUUUAGGAGCACGGACUGACAGUUCUCUGGGAAGUGGUCCACACAUCCUGCAGGGCUUCUCCUCUGCCUUUUGGAGAAUCAGGGCUCUUUUCAGGGGCUCUGGGGACUGGGAAGCUGUUUCAGCCAGGAAGACCAAAAUCAACAGUGAGAUGUAGAACGUUGUAAAAUAGAAAAAGUGGAGUUGGUGAACUGGUUGUUUUUUCUCCCCACAUUUGGAUGACUGUCAUAAGGUUUCUAGCAUGUUCCUCUUUUUCUUCACCCUCCCUUUUUUUUUCUUCUAUUAAUCAAGAGAAACUUCAAAGUUAAUGGGAUGGUUGGAUCUCACAGGCUGAGAACUCGUUCACCUCCAAGCAUUUCAUGAAAAAGCUGCUUCUUAUUAAUCAUACAAACUCUCACCAUGAUGUGAAGAGUUUCAUAAAUCUUUCAAAAUAAAAAGUAAUGACUUAGAAACUGC